AUGCGUCGCAAGGCGGGUGGUAACCACUGUGGUAACCACAGUGAAGUCCCUGAGCACACAGCAUCUUCCCUCUCCCAGCAUGGGAGCAGUGAUUUCACAGGAGCCCGCUCUUUGUUUUCUCACUUGCCUCAUUUGCUUCUCUCUUCUCUAGACAAAAAGGAAAAAAAGAAAAGAAAGAAAGCCAAAGAGAGGCCUGAGCGGGAGGUCCUGGCUGAGCCACUGCCCUCCUCUUCCUCACCCAGCAUCAAGGUGAUACCGGAGGAACCAGGCUUGAAAAAGCACUACAGCAAGAGCUCCAACAGGGCGCCCACGGCAGAGGCCAGAGAGGGCCGGAAGCAGCAGCCCAGCUCUCCAGACGGACGACGGGCAGCAGACCCAGAGAGGAAGGAGAAGCCCAGGAUCGAACCUAAGUCUUCCAGCAAGAGGGAAGGAAAAGAGGACAAGAGCCGGGAUCGGGAUGGGGACCGGAGAUGGGACCGGGAUCGGGACCGGGACCAGGGCCAGGGCCGAAGCACAGACACUCAUCCUGGCUGGCCCAGCAGUCGGUCGGAAGGGCGGAGUCACAGGAGCCGGAGCCGGGAUCGGGCGUACAGGCACAAGAGGUCCUGGCAUUCCCAGGGUGGUGAGGGCUCCAUCCCGGGGGCCGCUGACCCUCGGCCUGCUCAGCCACAUAGGAGAGUGUGAAGUGAACUGGAAUCCGAUUUCAGUUACACUUUCUGUGUGUACUGUUUUCACUGUAGAAGGUCUCUGGGGUGGUGUGCUUCUUUCCGGGUAUCCGUCAACAGGAGAGGGACGCAGGUCCAACAGCCAUGAGUCCAGGCUUAGCCAAGUAGGACCCUUGAGCCACCAGACCCCAAUGCAUGACAAGAUGGCCAGGAAAGAAGCUAGUAGGCAGAAUCCUAGAAUCCUGCCUUUAAAGCCCCACCUUCACAGUGGGCAGGUAGAACAGGAGGAAGAGGCGAUAGUACUGGGCAAGGACAAGGACAGCUGUGUUGCGACUGUUGAGAUCAGCUACCCCGUCCUUCCAGCUUGUUUUUACACAUUUUGAAAUUUUUGUUUGUUUUGCUGCAUAGAUCUUUCUCACCCCUCCGUGUAUUUUUCACUUCACAUGAAACAGCUCAUGAAAGCAGUGAUCAAUCCAUUCCUCAAACUGCAACUCCCACCUCUGUUCAGCUCAACACAUUUUCAUCACCACAGAAAGCAGCUCUGUGUACCCUUGGUACUCCCUCCUGCCUCCUCAGCCCCUGGUCCCCACCCAUCUGCUUUUCAUUUUUGGUCUCUGUGUAUGUCCUAUCCCUGGAGACCACCGAGAAGUGGAACCAUACUGUGCCGGCACAGUGCUUCAGCAUUGGGCUGCUAACCAAAAGGGCAGUGCCAGCCCCCCAGUGGCUCUGCAGGAGAAAGGUGGCAGUCUGCUUUGGUCAAGACUGACAGCCUUGGAAACCCUAUGAGAAUGUUCUAUCCUGCCCUCUAGGGUUUAGGAGUCGAGUGGACCUGGCAACAACAGGUUGGCUUACUGGUUCCUGUACUCAGCCUGAUGUGCUGUGGCUGUUAUCAGCUCUCCCUCUCAUGACUGCAUCAUCAGAACUCUAUCCAGAACCCCACUGCCCUUGAGGUAUUCUGCGGUGGUACAUCUGAUUUGGGGUAUAUGUCCUUCGUUUUAUAGUCUUCAGUGAUUACAUCUGGUGGUUUUUCAUUUUAUUUAUUUUUAAUAAAUUCAUAAGUGUUUUACACUUUUUGCUCUCA